GCCACGCGCUCGGCCUCGCCUUCCGUUUCCACCGGGCGACGCCAACUCUUCCGCCCUCCUGACGGGAUCGCGCCGGAGAUCGCCCGCCGGAGCGGAUCGGCGUCUGAAGCGGAGGCGGGGAGCGCUCCGGAGACGCGAUGGUGGAGGAACCGGCACCGGCGCCGGCGGAUCUGAGCGCGGCGGCGCAGGUGAGCGCGCUGCCGCUGCAGGUGGACCUCCUGCAGCUGCCGCCGGAGGUGCCGGCGCCGGGGGCGCCCGCGCUGCGCGGCGUCCUCGACCACCUCUUCGCGCACUGGCUCUCGCUCCCGGACACCGCCGCGCUGGUCGCCAGCCUCGUGCAGAAGGCCAAGGCGAGCGGCGGCGGGGCCGUGGGGGGCGCGAUGCUGCCAUCGAUGAUGCUGCAGGGGGGCGCCACCGUGCCGCCGCUCUCGCCGAGGUCUCCGCGCCUCUCGCGGAGGCCCAGCGGGCUCGGCGCCGGCCAGCCCAACCGCUCCGCGUCGCCGCUCCGCCCGACCGCCGCGCGCCCCGCCAAGGAGGUCAUACCGCAGUUCUAUUUUCAAGAUGGCCGGCCACCGCCGUACGAGGUGAAGAAGCAAUGCAUUUCUACAGUUGAUCAGCUCUUCGCCGGCCACUCGAAUGGUCUUCGAGCUCAAGAAUUCCGGAUGGUUACCAGGGAACUCUGCAAGCUACCGACAUUCUUUACCACUGUUCUAUUUGAUAAGAUUGACAAGGAAAGCACAGGAUUCGUGACAAGGGAGGCAUUCAUUGAUUUCUGGGUGAAUAGCAACUUGAUGAGUUUGGAUAGUGCAACCCAAGUGUUCACAAUUCUGAAGCAACAGAAUCGCAAUUACCUCAUGAAGGAGGAUUUCAAGCCGGUUCUUAAAGACCUUUUGGACAACCAUCCUGGUCUAGAGUUCUUAAAGAGUACACCUGAAUUUCAAGAAAGAUAUGCUGAGACUGUAGUACAUAGGAUAUUCUAUUGCUUGAAUCGAAUUGGAGGUGGUCACCUAACACUUAGGGAGCUGAAGCGUGGAAAUCUACUCAGUGCGCUCAGGCAUGCUGAUGAUGAAGAAGAUAUCAAUAAAGUUUUAAGGUAUUUCUCAUAUGAGCAUUUCUACGUGAUAUAUUGCAAGUUCUGGGAGCUGGACACAGACCAUGAUUUCUUGAUUGAUAAAGAAAAUCUUAUUAAGUAUGGAAACCAUGCAUUGACAUAUAGGAUUGUAGAUAGAAUUUUCUCAGAGGUUCCUAGGAAAUUUACAAGCAAGGCUGAAGGAAAAAUGGGGUAUGAAGAUUUUGUCCAUUUUAUACUGUCUGAAGAGGACAAAUCAACAGGGCCAAGCCAGGAAUAUUGGUUUAAAUGUAUAGAUCUGGAUGGCAAUGGCAUACUCACACACAACGAACUGCAGUUCUUUUUUGAGGAACAACUCCAUCGCAUGGAAUGCAUGGCUCAGGAACCGGUUCUAUUUGAGGACAUCUUGUGUCAGCUCAUCGACAUGAUUGGACCUGAGAAUGAGAGCUAUUUGACAUUGAAAGACUUCCGAAGGUGCAAAUUGUCUGGGCAUUUCUUCAACAUUCUCUUUAAUCUGAACAAAUUUAUGGCUUUUGAAGCUAGGGACCCAUUCCUCAUUCGCCAAAUGCGUGAAGAGCCAUCAUUAACAGAUUGGGAUCGUUUUGCACGAAGAGAAUAUGUAAGAUUGGCGAUGGAAGAAGAUGGUGAAGAUGCUUCCAAUGCAAGUGGAGAUGUUUGGGAUGAGUCACUUGAAUCUCCUUUCUAGAUUGAAUAUGUUGUGGCAUUUUGGAAGACAUCAGAUCAUUCACAUACAGGCAUACAGCUCUAAUAAUCUCAAGGUGAAACCAUGAAGGCAGUCAAACAUGGACAGUUAUCUGAUAUCUUAUUUCUACAGAAGCUAUAAAUGAGGCAGCUGCGCACUUGCUGGCACCAUCCAAGUUUUGACAUAGAAGCUGAGACAAAUAGUUCCAUCUAGCUUGUUGUGGAGUACAUUUGGUUCUUGGUGACUGUUGUUUGUAGCAGCACCCAUGUUGGUCUAGUAUCUCUGCUAUGCUUCGGUUGAUUGAUUCAUGGCAGCAACAAGUGCACAGCACCUGGUGAUUAUUAUGAGAGCACAUCAAAAUCUAGUGACAAAUAAGGAGAAGAGCAUGGGUCAAUCGCCGUAUGUUAGAUCGUGAAUAGUUGGCACCACAAUUUUUAUUAUCUAGGGUUUUUAUUAGGUAUCUAUCAAAGAUUCAAAGUAUUCUUUCGUUGUUAAAUAAGGUCACCAAGAAGACCAUUUUUACUUGUGUACUCUGUAUCUUUUUGUUUAGUUUGUAGUCACAUGAACAAUGAGCUGUAAUACUAUGAUACAGGGAUUAUCAUUAUUUUUCUAACGCACUUUUUAGUCUCAA